AUGAGGGAUCGCCUAAGUAUCUCCUCCAAAGGCUGGUCUAUGCAUGUCCCAGCAGAAGUGACUAGUGAAAUUGGCAAGACGGUUGCCUUGCCUUGCACUUUCACACACCCACACUCCACGUACGACAAAACCUUGACUGCUAUUUGGCGGGUGAAGGAGCCUUAUAAUGGGACAGUGAUUUUCAAGUGCAUCGCACACAGUUCCAGUGAUGUCUGCAGAACCACCGUUGGCUUGAAGAACAGAUACAAGCUCUUGGGGAACCCAAGGCAAAACAAUCUUUCACUCCAGAUUGAUCAAGUUUCCUGGAACGACAGCAACAGAUACUUCUGCCGAGUUGAAUUCUCUGGGGAUCUUCAUGACAAGUAUGAAAGCCGGAUGGGAAUCCGGCUCCACCUCAUAGCACCUCCCAGGAUUGUGAACAUCUCUGUCCAGAUGGACCAAGAGCAUGCUUUCCAUGCCAAGUGUACAGCCGAAGGAGAACCACUCCCGACCGUGACGUGGGCUGGCCCUCUAUCUGACAACGUGACUUCAGUCUCCAGGCCAACGGCACAUCAGAUAACCAAGGAGCUUCAGCACCUGGUCCUUGAUGGGAAAUACACUUGCAUUGCCGCCAACAGCCUUGGACAUGCGGAAGGGGCAGUGUAUUUUUACAAGUUCAAAGCUGGGAGUGGCUCUUGGAUUCUCAUCCUCUUGUUCGUAGCCCUGGGGAUAAAACUGCUGGCUCUGGUGGUGAUAUUAGGGAUAGGGGCCUUCUGGAAAGGAGGUAGAUAG